AUGUCGCUCUACUACCCAGCCGGCGGGGCGACCGCUGCACUUGGUGUAAUCGGACUGUACAUGCUAUUCAACGGCGAGGGUGAAGCAUUCAACGUCGGCCGAUUUCUCGAUUCAGUAUCACCAUUUGUAUGGGCGGAUCUCGGUAUCGGUCUAUGUAUAGGGCUCUCGGUGGUUGGAGCUGCAUGGGGUAUAUUCAUAACCGGCUCCUCAAUCCUCGGCGGUGGUGUCAAAGCACCUCGAAUCCGAACUAAGAAUCUAAUCUCUAUCAUCUUCUGCGAGGUCGUCGCCAUUUACGGCGUCAUCAUGGCCAUCGUCUUCUCCUCCAAAAUCCAAAAUGUACCCACGACUGAGCUCUACACUCCCAACAACUAUUAUACUGGUUAUGCUCUAUUCUGGUCAGGCUUGACCGUGGGAAUGUGCAAUCUGAUAUGCGGUGUCAGUGUUGGGAUCAACGGAUCAAGUGCUGCGCUGGCAGAUGCGGCUGACCCUGGUCUGUUCGUCAAGGUAUUGGUCAUUGAGAUCUUCAGCUCUGUACUGGGGUUGUUUGGGCUGAUUAUCGGACUGCUUGUAUCGGGGAAAGCGCUAGAAUUUGCGUGA